UCUUUUCUUUUUUUUUUUUUCUUUUCUUUUUUUACUCUAUCAUCCCAAAACUAUAUAUUUUUCAAGAUGGGUUCUCCUAGUUUUUUGACUUCUCCUAUGUUCAAUAUUGCUUUCAUGCUGGUCACUAUGCAAGUUGGUAAGAAGAUCGAUUGGGAAGAUCCAUCUACUUUGAUGAUUGCUCGUAUUGGUUAUUAUGGUGCUCAAGUUUUAGUUCUCCUCUUGGCCUAUGCUUUGAUGCAAUUGGUAAAGAAUAAGAAUGAUACUACUGUAUUAAAGUAUACUGAAACCAAGGCUGGUGCUACUCAAGGACAACAAGUAGAAACUACUACCGUUGCUUACGAUGUGGCUCAAGUACAACAAUUCAUUCAAUCUACUUUAACUUCAGUAGCUAUGAUCUCUUUAAUGCACUGGCAAUUCAAGUUUACUCAACCUCUUCUUCUUCAAUCCAUUUUACCUUUCAAGAACUUAUUGGCUCACAAGAUUGCUCUUAUCUAUCUCUGGGGUGAUGCUCCUGAAGGUGCUUUGAAACGUCCUUUCCAAGCUGAAAAUCCUUUUGCUGCUUUGAUGGGUGGUGCUUCCCCUACUGCUGAACCUGCUGCUGCUGCUGCUGUGGAUGAUGGUCAUGAAAAGAAGGAUUAGAUAGAUUUUUUUUUUUAGUUUUUUUUUUUCAUUUUUAUUUUUAGACAAAUUAUAGUAUAUUCGGUACCAUAUACAUUUAUUUAGUAUUCUAUUUUGUACAUAAUACAUAUCAAUAUUGAAAUAAAUAAAUAAAAAACGAAAACAAGGAAAAUCGAGUCUUAUUCAUAUUA